GCAAACAUUGACAAUCACCCAGCGCCGCACCACCGAUGCGGCGCUUCUUCUCGUCGUCGGCGUCGCGCACGUCGUCGCCCUCAUUCAAGAGCAAGAAUGUCCGCUUGACCAUCAACAUCCCCUCGUACGGUUGCGUGUUUAUGAACUGCGACCCGGGGGGCUCGAGCGUCUUCCCGACAGACGCGUACAUGGUGCCCCCCGGCGAUCCAGACUACACGAUCGGGCGCGACCUGUCGGGCGAGCUCGAGGUCGAGGUCCCCCGCGGCAUGGGCCCGCGCAGAUGCCGCGCCAUCCGCGUCACGCUCAAGAGCGUGUGUAAGCUCAACAUGGGCCCCGAGAGGGGAUGGGAGGAGGACGUGCUCUUCGAGAGGCAGGUCGAGGUCAAGGGUGCGAUCAUCCUGCACGAGGGGGUGCAACGGUUCAAGUUCUCCAUCAUUGUGCCUUUCGGGCUUGGGCCAUACGACCAGCACCCGAACGGCGGGAUCAAGCUGGACCUCUUUGCGGCUGUCGAGGGUCUGGGCGGGAGGAGCUCAACGAUGAGUCCUGGCCCAUCGCCAGCAGGCACGCCGAAGCGGGGCCGCUCGCCAACCAGGCCACCAGCGCGGCCGCUACCGGGGCUGAGCGAGAGCUCGCGGAGCGUGAACGGGGCGUCGACGCCCGGCGGGGGAAGUAGCGGCACUGCUACCCCGCCGGCGCAAGACGACGGCACGCCCGCCGACGUGAUCCUGCCACACCUCACCGUGUCGUGGAACGAGGCUAUGGGGGGCAACUCGGCGACUAACCUCGAAUCCGAGAUCCAGUGGCUCCGCGGCACGGUCGAGGCGAGCAGGUACAUCACGGUGCUGUACAACCCCGACCCAGAGAACGGGAUCAACACGCUCGACGUACGCCGGCGCGGCGAUGUGGGCGGUAUUGGCGUGUUCGACGUGCGGUUGACAUCCAAUCCUUGGACAAUCUGCGGCCUGGUUAAGAUCCACGUCUCAAUCCCCGACCCGUCGCCCACGACAACAAUGUACUACGCCCGCCUGCUGCUGAACCAGACGGCGUCGAUCACAUCGCCGCGCGACGACCCCGCCACUGCCGUGCCUAUUGUGCAAUCGACGCCCUUCGUCGUCUGGGACAAGGGCAUGCGGCCGCCAAAAGCCACACCGACGCGCGACACACCGGCAUUCUUCCGCGGUUCCAAGGCCCAGGGGAGCGAUCAUGGGGGCGUCAUCCUCUCUGGCGUUGGGCGGAUCCCGAACGACGAAGCGGGUCGGCCGUCAACACUGCCUAUCGUUAUCACGCCAAUCAAAGUCACCCACUCGCUCAUCCUCGAGGUCUGGUACUCGGUGUACGGCGAGGACGCGCGCGGCAUGCCGUACGACAAGCCGCAGCACGGCCAGCUGCGCGUCCUGCGCGUCGAGAAGCCCGUCGUACUCCCCUCGUGCGCCUUCAUCCCGGAGGUGAUGGAGCUGCCGUCGUACGAGAGCCACACGUUCGAGCAGGCGCCGUGCAAGACGUGCAAGACGCCGCCAGAGCAGCAGGCGUGCCAGACCUGCCCUCUCACGUCGGUCCCGCACGCGCGGCACGACCUCCCGCCGUCGCUCGUCGGUAACCCGAACGGCGUGUGCCCCACCUGCGAGAAACGCUUCAUCACCGACGACGUGACGGGCAAGUGGAUGGACUGCGCGUGCGGCCACAGCCUCAAGGACAUUGAGGAGCGCAUGCGCACCGUCGCGCUGCAGGACAUUGACGACGCCGGACCGGGCACCCAGACCCCGCCCCAUGUCAAGGAGGAGGCCGAGCGUCGCGGCCGGCCAGGGUGGUCGUCUGCGCCGAACAGCGCGCCGCCCAGCCGCCCCCGCACGCCGCCCCAGCCCCAGCUGCCAAACUCGUACACGCCGCCCCUCCCCGCGUCCCAGCCCCCUUCUCAGCCAGGAUCCCAGCCCUCGUCGCAGCCGCCAAGCAGGUAGAAUCACAGAACGUAGACCCACACAAGCAAGCUCACGCA